CGGCCGUAAGUAGAGCGCGACGCCGCCAAAUCGCCUACUGUAUGUUCCUCACCGCGCGACCCAAGAGUCAUUUUGUCGUCGCCUUGGCCGCCUGCAUCGAGACGGGGCGAAAAUGCGACGCGGUUAUAAAAAUCUCGCACGCGGUUUGAGGUCAAGGACCGCGAAUGGCACAUGCUGACCGGCGGCGGAGCGUAGUAAGUACGCCAAGCUUCGAAGCAACCGUGCGUCGGUGGCGGUGAUUUUACGACGUGGCACGCGUCUCGCCGCGGGAAAGCGGCGCGUUCAAAUGUCAGACGGGAGAAACGAUGUCAUUGUCGAGCGACGCAUCCUCUUUCCUUUCGCCGUAGCCGCGACACGAAACGGUGCGAAAUAAAGCCCCCACUACACACGCCGCCGCACAUCGCCGAGCACGGGAGCCGGAGCCGACGACGGAACGGACGGAAAACGUUACGGCGCAUGCGCAGGAGCGGCGCGCCUGCUUUUCCGGACGGGGAAAUCUGAGUGUCCGGUUUGUUUAUGUAGACCCGAGUGAUGGAAUUCUUUCUUUUUUGGUCGGUGCCACUCGGAAUUGGAUGAAGAUCACUUUCGACGGGAUCGCCGAACGACCCGCGCGUUGUCCGGCGACAGCACCGGUGCUUGGUUUUGAUGUGUGUUGACGCCAGAGAGCAUGAGACGCGGAGACGGUGCUCGUUUCGACAUUAGGCCUAGCGCCUCGCUGUGUUGUGCCCCGGAGAAAUACUACGAGUGUGCGCCGUCACCGCCGUCGAAAUGAUGUCCAAGCAGGAGUCAAAGUCACACACAGGCCCGAACCAAGUCAGAAAGGAGUACAGCUCGUGGAGCCAGGCCAUCUACGACGCGGUGCUGACCGCCGAUGACAACGGAAAUUUGAACUUGACCGUCGACGGUGGCUCCGACCGGGGCGAGUUCGCUUACUUCAGUUGUGUUAAUUUCGAUAAAGUGAAUUUCCUGAGCGGCCGAAUCGAAGACGGCGACACGAUCUUGGAGAUCCAAGGACAUCGUGUGGCUGGUUACACGAGAAACGACGUGCUGUCGCUACUCAACUACAGCGCACGAAACGACAGUGCCGUGUCAGUGCGAUGCGUCAGAGCAGGGCACCUUACCAAGGACUUGAGGCAGUACCUGAACACCCGCUUCCAGAAAGGUUCCAUCGACCAUGAUCUCCAGAACACCAUCAGGGACAACCUCUACCUGCGCACAGUGCCUUGCACAACACGGAGUCCCCGGGAGGGGGAAGUGAAUGGUGUGGACUACACUUUUCUGACACUAGAGGAGUUUGUUGCCCUUGAAAGAAGCGGGAGUCUUCUGGAGAGUGGAAUAUAUGAAGGCAACCACUACGGUACGCCCAAGCCGCAGGAGGAAGGCCUGCUGCUGCCCGGGGCGCACCCGUCCUCGGAAGGCAAGCGGCGCAGGAACCGCUCCAACGUGGAGGCCAUGACGGCCAAGUCCCAGGAGCCGGCCCCGUCGCCCAGCCCGACCCAGCUGCAGGGGCUGCAGGCCAACGGGGCCGGUCCUCCCCGAGAUGCCAGCCCCGGGGCCUUUGACCUGGAGCCGCUUCCCGCCUGCUGGGAAAAGGCCUACACCGAGGACGGGGAGCCCUACUUCAUCAACCACAACACGAACACAUCGCAGUGGCACGACCCGAGGUUAAGCAAGUCUCGAGUGUCGUAUGACGGGGAGUACGAGUUACCAUAUGGUUGGGAAAGGAUUGAUGAUCCACACUACGGGACAUAUUACAUAGACCACGUCAACAGGAGAACGCAGUACGAAAGCCCACUCCCUCAUCUGAAGCUGCAAACCUCACCUGGUUCACCAGGCUCCGGUGCGAGUGCAGUGCAAGGUAACGGCAGCGUCGGCGGGGGUGGCGGCUGCAUCUCUCCGGGCAGCGGCCAGCUGGCGGCGGCCAGCCCGCAAGGCUCCCAGUCAUCCCAACAGCAGUUGCUGGGCAACAGCAGUGCAUCUCAGCCCCGAGAGGCCAGCCCCAUCCCGGGUGCGUCGUCGGCCAGCCCCUCCCACCACCAUCACCACCACCAGCGGCAGCACUCCCCGACAAGCGGUGGCGCCUCCACGUCUUCCUCCGCUGUGAACAAUAACCGUGAGUGCCGUCGACCACGCACGCCCCCCUCGCGGCACUCCCCGCUGUUCCCCUGCCUGCCCUGCCUGCGAGACCAGUCCCAGACUAACACCUCCUCGCCCUCGUCCUCUGAAGAAGGGGCCACGCCCCCGACGACAGCUGCGCCGCCGCCUGGCUCCGAGAGGGUGCUGCCGCCACCAGCCGGUCCCUCGGCCGACCACCGCCAGGGAGGAGGAGGGUUGCUGAUGCAGCUGGGAGGCAGCCCCCAGCAGCCGCAACCCUCCGCCAACCACCGGCCUGCCGGCACCAUCACGACCACCCCCACCUCGGCCGCGGCCGCUGCCGCUGCACUGCGCACGCACCACCGGCCACCCCCCGCCACCCCCACCACCGCACAGGACAGUCCGUCUCCUUGCGCGGUGGCGGCCCUCCCGGCCUCAGACCAUGGCUCACACGGUCGCCUGCCUUACCUGUUUACGCGGAAUCCAGCAGAGCUUCAGGGUGACAUCAUCCAUACGUCACUCGUGAAGAGUGCCCGAGGCUUUGGCUUCACCAUCGUGGGUGCCGACGAAAACGACUCCGAGGAGUUUCUUCAGAUCAAGAGCAUUGUUCCCAACGGUCCUGCUUGGGCCGAUGGGAAGCUGCGCACUGGUGACGUGCUGGUGUACGUCAACAGCAUCUGCGUCCUGGGCUACACCCACCAAGGUGUGGUGAGCCUGUUCCAGUCCAUACCACCGGGCGAGAUGGUGCACCUGCAGGUGUGCAGAGGCUAUGCCCUGCCUUUCGACCCCGACGACCCGAACACCGAGAUUGUCACCACCAUGGCGGUCAUGUCUCCCGACGACCCCAUGGCACACCACCGACCCCGCCCUGAUGACUACCAGGACAUCUACUCAAGCAAGAGCUUGGAGGACCUGGACAGCACGGAGACGCGGACGCGGCCUGCAAAGUCUAUGCCAGACCUGAGUGGUCCGGACAGGCCACGACCACAAAGGCACAACAGUGCCGACCUGCUCAGUGUCAGCGGUGGAGGGGCCCCGGACAUCCUCGAUUUCUCUGGGCCCGCUUCCCCCGGCACAGUGGGCGCCAAGCCGCAGACACUGACUGUGGAGAUCGUCAAGGGAACUUCGGGCUUUGGCUUCACAAUUGCAGACAGUGCCUAUGGCCAGAAGGUGAAGAAGAUUCUGGACGAGCCGCGCUGCCGGGGCUUGCAGGAAGGGGACCUGCUGGUGGAGAUUGAGGGUCGGGAUGUGCGAGGCCGCCCCCACACGGAGGUGGUGCAGGCGCUCAAGGACUGCCCCGUCGGGCAGGCGGCACGCAUCACUCUGCACCGAGGCGGCUUGCGGCCAGCGCCUUCCUCGCCGGCUAAAGUCAAGGCUCGUGCUGCCAAGGUUCGUCCCUCGGAGGACUUCCUCUCGAAAGGAUCCAACUCGACCUUCUCACAUUUCGCCCUCAAAAGUUACCACUCAGACGGUUAUGUACCAGCAUUCCAAGGCCCAUACCGGAGCAAAACGCCAACUGCCGAGCUGUACAGCACACGCGAGAAGGAAACCGUGGUGGUGAGCCGUCCCAAGACCCCAUUGGUGGACACCCGGCAUUGGACGUCGCCGUCCACUGACACCUCGGGCAACACUAGCGCCAGGCUGGAACAGCAGACGUCUGCUCCAAGUAUGGACGACACACCGGUGGCCGGUGCAUCGUCAGGCAGCUCUAGUCCGGCCAAACCACCCAGGACAGGCCAGUAUGGGGCCUGGUACUUUGAACCAGCAUCCCGCCAGCCGGAGUGGGCCGGUCAGAACUUCCGGGACACAACGAUCCGGCCUGGAAAUCCGAGCCAGCAGCAGCCGCAGGCACUGUCCCAGCAACAGCAGCAGCAGCAGCAGUCGCCCCGGUGGUACUCUUCUGCACAAGCUGACUAUGGCACCACGUCUGUCUAUGGUGCCAAGGCAAACAGUCCUGCGUCGCAGCUGAGUAGUCCAAUCGUCGAGGAGCGACCGGCACUGUUGACGCCGACACAGAAGGACUGGCCGGGCCUGCCGGCUACAGACGGCCUCCCGCAAGGCAGGGGUUGGAGCUACAGCUCUCCCGACUAUGGCUACACGAGAUUGCCCAGCCACCAGUCGCCGGGGCUGCGGUCUCCACUGUCCUCGCUUACGCAGCAGCUGAACAACAGUCACGUGAGCGGCGGCAGCCCCUACUACGGCCUCUAUGGUUCUUCGGCACUGGAAUCGCCAAGCUUUGCACAGGAUGGUCUGUCGGGCCGCAAGCACUCGACCUCCUUCGAGCACGAGCAGCCUGUAACGUCAGCAACGAUGCGUCUGGGAGCCGACACCCAUGCGUCUGACGCAGUAGACCUGGUGGUGACGCUUCAUCGGCAGGAAAGCGGGUUUGGCUUCCGCAUUGUGGGAGGCACAGAGGAGGGUUCUCAGCCUGUGCGCUUGCUGCGUGCGCAGGUCUCCAUUGGUCACAUAGUGCCUGGUGGAGCUGCUGACCUGGACGGACGGCUGAUGACGGGCGACGAGAUAGUCUUUGUGGACGGCCAGAACGUCCUGCAUGCGUCUCACCACCACGUGGUCCAGCUCAUGGGGGCCGCUUCUCUGAAUGGAUGCGUCACGCUGGGCCUCAGGCGGAAAGCGCGCUCAUUGGUGGACUCUCCUCAUCGGUUAAACAACUGCGAAGUCACGUAUCCCUACAACGUGACUGUAAUGCGUCAUGAGAACGAAGGCUUUGGCUUUGUCAUCAUCUCAUCAGUUGGGAAGGCGGGAUCCACAAUAGGCCGCAUCAUUGAGAACAGCCCCGCGGAACGCUGUGGUCAGCUGCACGUGGGCGAUCGAAUCUUGGCUGUCAAUGGGGUCAGCAUCCUAGACAUGCACCAUGGCGAAAUUGUCAACCUCAUCAAAGUGUCUGGGCUGACUGUCGUCCUCACCAUAGGACCACCCUUAGAUGACACUUCAAGCAAUGCAUCUGUCUCACAAAGGGGCGAGGAGGUGGGGGGCACCCGUGGUCCAGAGCCCCCUGGGGGCAGCGGCGGCGGGGCUCCCAUCGACGGCGCUGGGGGGGAGUACCACAGCGUGGAGCUGCAGCGGGGGGUGCGGGGCUUUGGAUUCAGCAUCAGGGGGGGCCGGGAGUUUCACAGCAUGCCCCUUUUCGUGCUGAGGAUCGCCGACCAGGGCCCGGCCCAGCUCUCAGGAAAGCUGCAGGUUGGGGACCAGAUCCUGGAAGUGAACGGCAUCAACACGAAAAACAUGACGCAUGCCGAUGCCAUCAACAUCAUCCGACAAGGGGGCAACACUGUACGGCUCCUGGUCAAGCGGACACGCAAGGUGCCGUCGCCACUUGUUGUGGAGAGCCCACCAUCCCUGCUACACCCUGGUAUGUCUGGCCUCCUGAACGGCCCCCUGAGCCAGAGCUCACCUCGGAGUUCAAGCCAGGUGAACUCGCCUCCCCAGCAGAAGGACUGGUACAACUGGAACAUGGACACGUGAUCAAGGGGGACCAGGGGAGCCUGCCUCCCCAUGCGUGCAGGGUUCACGGCGGCCCUCGGGCCGCCACGGUUGGCCUGGAUGCCUGCCACUGUGUAAAGAGUCAAUAAGCUAUGACAAUUUUUUUCUGGAUGUCUUUCUUCACAUUUGCUGUCCACUCUUUCAAAUAGUGUAGAUUAUUUUUUAGCAUAGGCAGCUCUCGGGAGGUGACGACAGCUGGAAGGGCAGCACAAGUGGACUGAGCUGUGUUCUCAGGAGGACUGUUUUUCUUCUGUGUAUUGUGCACCGAGCAGAGCGCCAUUUUUUUGGCUAGACUCUCUGCAUUGUGUGCGUUUGUGUGUGUUUGUGUGUGUGUGUGUAUGCCAAGCCACACAGAGUACCACAUCCACCCUGCAGUUUGAAUGUGCAUGCACAGUCAUGUUGAACAUGGCACUUCUGCAACAGGCUUCAACGCUGCACGUGGGUUCAGCAUCUGGUGCACACACACGAGCUCAGCAGCAUCGCCAACGUUCGGAGUGAAAUUCAACAAAUGCAGCCUCUGCUUCCUCCCUUUCCCCGCCAUUUUUUUAUGCUGUUGCAUCGAGUAACCUAACGCAAGUUGAAUGCAAGUGCACAAGUUAUAAAGUGUGCUUGCAUUCUUUGUUCCGCGUUGGCUCUUCGUCAUUUAUAUUGUUGCACGCCCGUCAUCUGCACCCGUUUGUCGUAACUAUGAUUGUACAUAAACCAGUUUAAUGCAUCAAACUCGCACCUGUUGUUGACUAAGAAUGUCCUUUGUAACUUUCUCUUAAAUGACUACACUCCCUUCCUCCUCUUGCAGGGUAACGGUUACGGCUGGAGCUCGCUUGCUCAACCUGACCUCUCUGCAUUUUCUUCAAAAGAAAAAAAAAAAACUAUUGUUACACUUAUUCACAAAUAUAUCAGAUAUGACUGGGGAGGGCUGUCCGUGUACUGGCGCACUCCUAUUGCCGAAGGGGUUGGCCAAGACUACUGUUAGUAAAUGCACUGUCGGUUUUUAAUUUUCAAGGUUUGCCUUUAGGGAGUGUUUUAGUAAUCACUACCAUUUUGGCUGUAAUAUUGAUUGCAUUUUAGUAUUUAUAACCUCACAACUUCUUGGCACAGGUGGUACUAAUGUGCAGGGCUGGUGGAACAGGGCAAGCUGCUGAAGAUGGCUGUAGUACCCCUAAAAGCCACAGUGGCAUACUGUUCAAUCAAAUUCGUCAUCCUUCAUAAUGGCAUUUUUGUGUUUUGUCAGAACGAGCCCUUGUUUUGCUGUCAUGUGCUAGUCUUGUAAUGUUCUGGCCAUGAUAGUGAAAGCGAAGGCUCACUUGCUGCUGCAGCUGGGUGGAGUCAAGUCAUGGCAAUUGAUGUUUCCAAUUGUGGCCGAUAGAAAUGCAUUUAAUUUGAUCUUAUUUUUCUUUAAUCAUCGCCACUGUGGCCGCCCAAUACCGAUGAUAAGAACGACCCAGUGGUACUCGAGCCAACAGCAGACGACGAACAGAUUCUGAUAAGAAUAGAGCAUGAGUAGAAAGCUUUGCACAUUCACGGCUUGGAAUUCUGGGCACUUGUUUUGUAGGUAGCAAACGUGGGCAGAGUGCUUGAAAUUGUUGUUAGCUUCAUUGAAGACGUUGCGAAGCAUUAAGUUGAACACAAGUUUGCAUUAACUAUUUCUAUUGUUGCGGCAUUGACAUGCCUAACUUUCAUCUUACUUUUUGUAAAUGGCAUUUGCGAUCGUUAGGUGCUUUUAGAAGAAAGGUGCUUUAGCCAACAGGUAGCUACUGGAUGUGUUUUCGUUUAGGUGCAAUUUGUGCCUCCACAGUUAGUUAGCAUUCUUGAUGGGUCCUCGUUUGCCAUUUCGGCUUCAUUGCCGAACUUUUCCCUCCAAGAGAAGCAUUCGCUUGGUUCAGAAUCACAUUGAGUGGCUUAGUGUGAAAGGACGGUAAGGAAGAACAGUUAUUGAAUCAAAUAACAUGUGCUAGUUAAUGAGUUUUGACACUACCUGCACUGUCGCUUUGCUUGAUUUUGCGGAAUGUUCCACAGAGCAAUACCACAUUAAGCGAUCGGUACAAGAUGUGUCCUAGAAAAUGAACCGAUCUGUCUUUGACAGAAAUUGAGGUAUUGCGUGAUUCGGAGCAAAACGCCAGUUGUGCCUGCAUGUAAUGCAAGAGUUCAACCCUUGCAUGGCAGAAGUGUCAGUGUGUCAAUUCGCUGUGAAAAUGUUAAGUCGUGCACAUACGAAAGUGGCUGUUGCACUGUGCACACAAUUGUAGAGUCUGUGCAUAGUUUGUUCUUGUCACUCUGAUCGUUGCAGCUUUGAUCACGAUUGCGUACAGAGGCUUGCACGCACUGCACUAUGUGGAGAUUGCCUUCGAGUUGAUUUAGAUGGCAUGAUGGCGACGUCAGUUUGACAAGUUUUUGCCAUCAGCAUAAAUUGAAACACGAAAUAGCUGAUAACAAUGGCUGUUGCACAUCAUUACGUGGAAGUCCAACGUGUAAUCACUCUGCAGCCGGUUUCUGAGCAUCAGUUAGUGCCAAGGGUGCGUUUUGGGAGUCCAAAUUGAGCCAUUGUUAUAGAUGCGAGUGAAACUGGAAACGGAACAACGUGAUGGAGCAGUUUCAGAAUUAUUUGCAUUUGAAUUUGUGCUCAUAGUAGGCACCUCGUACACACUUGAACGGAUUCCUUUUACUUAUUUUUAUUUUCAGGACAAAGAUAAAUUUGGAGUAGUGAAAGCUAUGGCCAUACAUACUUCUGAUUUUUUCUAGAUUAUGUACAGGUAAGGUCAGUGAAAUGUCACAAAUACUACAGUAUUUUCAUGUAGUAUUUUAGCUGAAUAUGUGCACUGAAUGUUUCCUAUAGUAGUUGCCAUAUUUAACCUUUGCUUACCUUUUAAUUCAAUGUGAGAUUGCUUAUUCUAUAAUAAAAUUAACUGGCCAUAAUUACAUACUUGGAAAAUCUAUUACAGCACAAUGGAUUAGAGCAGAAAUCGCAAACUUGCAUCGGCUUACGACGACUCCACUCAUGUAUUUUGCACUCUAGAAUUGUAUGAAUGCAAGCUUUAGCUUAUCAGAAUUUAUAUUUAGUGCCUCUUUAAAAGCACGGGUAGCCCUGGCUUUGCACCUUCUACAUAUCCUCAUGGUGCUUAACCAUGCCUAGUUUGCUGUAGUACACCCACACUGACCUUUAACAUGAGGUUGUUUUACAAGGCAGAGGACUGUUUCUGUUGUUCAUGUAAAAUCGACAAAGCUAUUGUCUACCUGGACUGGAAUUGCAGAUUUUAACACACACCUGUUUUUAACUCUCAUGUAUUUAUCCACCAUAAUGGAAGAGGAACAAAACAUCUUUCAUGUCUUGUUUAGAAAUUUUCCUUGCUUAUUUAUAAGAACUUGCCAUUAUUUUCACACCCGCUUUACUUCGCACAAUCUUUAUUUUAGCUUCUCACAUCAAGUGGUAGCGUGUGAAUUCAUCAAUCAAAUCUCAUUCAGUUAAACAGCACUCUUCUUGAGAUCGUGCUUGUGAAAACUUGUCAGGGUUGCUCUAUGAACCAUUCCAAUCUUGUCAUUAUUUCUUUCUUCAUUGCUUUUCCAAAAAAGGACAUGAAGAAACAUGAAAAAAGACACACCGUCAUGUUCAUGUUCCUGUCCGUCUUUACGCGCUAGUGCAAUGUCCCCUUCUCCAGAAAAAGCAGAUAUUGCUUAUAAAUUGUUCACCAUUGCCACUGUUCACAUCUUUUUGCAUUAAUUAAAUGUGUUGAGCAGAUGAGGCAAGGCCCAUGUACAUAUAUGUGACAUUUUACAUUGGCUCUGGGCCGAGUAGAUAUAGGUGUGAUCUGUCCCAUCUUCUAUUGUUGUAUUAAAAGAUACUUUUGCUCUCAUACAUUUAAAAAAAGUGGUCUCUGUUAUGGUGUAAAAACUAAUCUGAAGGGUAAGAUAAGAUAUAUAUAGGAUGUGUGCAAGUAAAACAUACAAAAUGCAACAAGCACAUUCCAACCUUUGACAAGUCUUAACGGAGCAGCUUUUAAGGUUUUCAAUUAAGCAGUGCUCAAACAAUCAUCUUCCCUUGCAGCUUUGGUAUAGGGGCUGUGCUCUCAAUUGGUCACUUCGGCGAUUCUUUCACUUUUAUGUGAGGAUAUAACGUACCGCUACUAAAUUCCUUAAAAAUGAACAUUCUGUUCACAUUUGAACAGACAGCGUAUCACGGACAGCAGAACACCACUUUGUUGCAUUACCUCUCUAAGAAAGAUGUUUCAAGUGUUUGUCUUCAGACAGGCAGCUAUAAGGUUCAAGGAAAGAUCGUUCAAGUGAGAGAGCCAACUACGAGAUCCUUGGCAGGGGAUUCCCCGCUGCACCCUACAACCAUUCCUCGCCCCGUCUCCUAAAAAGCGGCACGUCGGAAGGAAAGGGAUCAGUUGAAAGUACUGCUCCAGUUUAGGCAGUAAGCCAUUAAAUCAUUUACCCUUUUAUUAAUUAUAUUUUUUUUCUGUAUGCCAUUUUCUCAAGUCUCUUUGACUGAAAUUUUAAUUUUCCAUUCGUGUAGCACGAGCACAAUGUUAUAGGUGUUAUUGUGCGGUGAUCUUAAAGCUUAUGGUGUGGUGUGGAUGCCAAAAUGAACCUGUGCCGUUGGCUUUGAGCAUUAUAUUAACGAAGGAGAUGGUAACUGAAGGGGUGCAGUAUUCGUGGCUUUACUGCCAGAAGAGCUUGGGAGCUUUGAAUGAAACCAGAUCUUUACAUAAUACAAGCACCUCCCCCACCCCCUCCCUCACCCCCUCCCUAAGGUUUACAGAAUCUUCCAUUGCUGGUUAGAGUAGCAUGGCAUUAGCUACUGCUUUCUGCUUGAAAAGCGCAGUAGUGACUGAGAUAGAAAAAUGUUUUUGACAAGUGCCUCCUGUGCAUUCCUGCACAGAAACCAUGUUUCUGCCAAAAUUAGCAGCUUGUUUGUCCUAGAUGUAAUAUAAGGAAAGCAGCCAAGAAAGGAUUAAAAUAUAAAGCAAGCUUUCGGGUGAAUGUUCUCAAGCAUAUAUUUUUCCCCCCACCUGAUCUUGUUGUUCCUGAAGAAUCUACACGCAUUUUUUUUUCUCUUUUUGCCAAGUUUUAUCGCUGUAUUAUCGGUGCUACAAGGAUCCCGAACUGGUAUUUGUUCUUUGGGAUUUUUCGCACCUCUCUCUCUCUUUCUCUUGUUCUCGUGUACCUUUUUGUACAAGCCUUUAGUGUGUCUGAGAGAGAACUGUGUAAAUUUAGCUAGUAAAUACAAAAAGUGUUAUUAUCGCCGUCUAUUGUAGGCAAGAAAAGAACUAUUAGAAGUGUAAAAUGAAAAGGAGAUUGGUGUUUUUGUGCAGUGAGCAUUUUUUGGCGCACGAGAAGGGUUAGAGAGAUUGGCCGCAGACUUUUUUUUUUCGGUUGGUGCGGCUCUUCUCCGUUUGACAGUGUGCCAUCUAUGACAAGUCUGGAAAUAAAUUUUAUCUGCAGAGA